UCUUUCUUCAAACAACCAGAGCACAUGCUUACAUGAAUCCUCCAAAUCCAAUCAAUUCAUCUACCCUGCUUUUAACCUAUAAUAUUCAACUCGGAAGAGAAUCCAUCAAUCAUUUUCCUCUCUCCUACUCAUACAUUCAUAUUUUUUCCACCCCCACCAUUGUGAUAAGCUCAUAUUCUCAUCUUUGUUGUCAGAGAAGGCCAAGAACCUGAAAAUGGAGAGAAAUGAAGGAGAAAAUCAGCAUGUGGAAAAGAAUUCGAACUCUAAAGACGGUUCAAUUUGUGGGUAUGAGUCCCUUCAUCAUCUCCUCAGUGCCAACCUCAAGCCUCACCUUUUCAAGGAAGUCAGGCGGUUGCUUCUUGGGCUGAAUUGUGGAAGGGCACUAGAACUUGUAGCUCUUCCAGAGUCUACAAAAGCUCUCUCUUCAGAACAUGAUUUUGACCUCCAGGCUUUUUGCUUUGGUGCUGACAAAGAGUUAUUAAGACAACCUCUAGUAGUUCGUGUGGGUCUUAUUCAGAACUCCAUAGCUCGUCCAACAAUUGCCUCGUUUUUGGACCAAAAGAGGGCUAUUUUCCAGAAAUUGAAGCCAAUGAUUGAUGUUGCAGGUUCUUCAGGAGUGAACAUAUUAUGUUUGCAAGAAGCAUGGAUGAUGCCAUUUGCAUUCUGUACUAGGGAGAAGAGGUGGUGUGAAUUUGCAGAGCCUGUGGAUGGGGAAUCAGCACAAUUUCUUCACGAAUAUGCAAGAAAAUACAACAUGGUUAUCAUAAGUCCAAUUCUUGAGAGAGAUGUAAAUCAUGGAGAGACCCUCUGGAACACUGCUAUUAUAAUUGGGAGUCGUGGGAACAUAAUUGGCAAGCAUCGGAAGAACCAUAUGCCUAGAGUUGGUGACUUCAAUGAAAGCACAUAUUACAUGGAAGGAAAUACUGGACAUCCUGUGUUUGAGACAGCUUAUGGAAAGAUUGCUGUGAAUAUAUGCUAUGGGAGGCACCAUCCAUUGAAUUGGUUAGCAUUUGGCUUGAAUGGUGCUGAGAUUGUUUAA